GUAAGGAGGUCAUAUUCAGAAACCAAUCAAACCGAAACUAAAUCGCGUUGAAACAGGAAGUGAAGUAAACAGAAGAGAGUGACAAAAUAACGGUCCACAUAAAACUUACCUGACAAUAAGAUCAUUAGUAUGUUGUUAGCCUAUAUAUAUAACAGUUAGUUCUGAUCCUCAAAUCUGACUGACGAUACUUUUUCUGUUAAUAUCUCACCUGCGUGUUCUAGACGGCUGUCAGUGCAGUUUCAUUGUUACGCCUCAAGGUGGCGGCAAGAGACUGUCUUUGAGUGAGUCUUCAUUCAACUACACGUUCAAAAGCGCUGAUUCAUUCAGUGAUUUGUAAUGAAACACGCUGUUUAAAUCAUUUUAACUUUGAGCGCCACUUUUAAAGGCUCAGCUGACCAGCAGAGCGUCGAUGCUAAGACAGAUUGCGCUUUCCUUGGACAUGACAACCUGUUUUCACAUAUGACUCGGCCUGAAGGACAGACGCAGGUAAUCGCACGCGAUCAGUCGAUCUCUCUCACUCGCUGUCUGUUUAGGCUUGUUAAGUGCAAAUUUACUGAGCCUCUGUGCAAAUCAGCAUGAUACACAUUGUUAUCAUUACUAAUAUUCAGUACACAUGCACGAAGUGUAAAACAAGAAGGGCGUAACCUUACGAAAAAGAAAACACUGAAAUAUCGCGGUUGCUGCGGUUGUUGCAUUCCUCUGCGGUUAUGCUCAUCAAUAGCGCGGUAUUGCGAUAUUGCGGUUAUCGCGACAGCCCUAGUCUCCGCAUCAGUAGGAAAGAGAUAAAACGAGCUUCUUCCCUCCGAAGACGUGUCGCAUUUCGGGGGGCAAAGCAAAAAAAACAUUGUCGAACAACAAUAUAAAAUGCGGAAAACUAUUAAUUGGUUAUUCUACAAUUUAAUUGUACUAUAAAUUAUACUAUGAUUGAAAAAUACUGUAAAUUGAUAAACUGUUCGGCGUGAUGACGUUGAAUGUCUCCGACAGCGCCUGUAGUCCCAUUUAGCAACUUCUUAGCAACCGUCUUCUUUAAGAAUCGUAACAGUUUUAAAAAAUCAUGAGUGUGGUGUAACUGGUGUGUUUUAUGUCGUAGAGUAAAACGUGAAAGUAUCUUGAGCUUGUGUGAACCACGGACCUUAUUUUAGGGGAUUUAAUCAAACUCACAUUCAAAAAACCCAUUGACUCUGGGACGAUGGAACCGGAAGUGCUAAAAUGCACUCGCUUCGGGGUUUUUGCCUACGAAGUGACUUCACAGUUCCACCACUCUAUUCAAGUGUGCUGUUGGUAUACUCUUUUAAACUAAAAAUUAGAAAGUAUACUUUUAGAUGACUUUUUAUGUGCUUCACAGAAAUAUAAAUAAAAUUACACUUACAAGUGAUUUAUACUGACAGAAAAGUCCAAGUAUAUUUGGCUUAUACUCAAUCUUUUGACUAAGAUAUACUGAAAAUUAUAAUUUUAAGUAUACUUUGCUUGUAGUUGUUUACACUCUUUUGAUGGAGCAUUUUAUAGAUUUAUAAACUUACAUUGUUUGAAAACUGAUUUAUAAACAAAACAUUUUCCUAAUUCUGAGUUUUGAAGAAUUUUAUGAAUUUUAAUUUUUUUUAGUGCACUUAAAAUGUACAAAUGAAUUUACUUAAAAUCUACUUAACACUUUCCCCGCCAUUGACUAAAAAUGACCAGCAAUCCAUGUUCUGAAAGAGUACCGAAUCUCCAGAUCCAAAAACACAGCUGAAGAAGCGGAAGCAAGCAAAGGAAGCAUUGUUUACACGCAUAUAAAAUAAUGUGAUCAUUGGACACUAAACAGCAUUUAAAUCAAAGCUGCCUAACAUUACCCAUUGAAAUGUUAAACCCAUGAAGAGGUAAAGGCUGUGAAGCUUUGGGGGUGUUAAUGGACUCUAUCUACUCCAUCUGUGUCCUGACCAUCAUUCAGAGUAAAACAUUAUUGUUUUCAGAUUUUUUUUCAUUUUUUAUGGAAACUUACACUUUGAAGCUAUAGUAAAGUUUUUAUGUUUGAAUGCAAUGGCUCUAUUCUUUCUUUUGCUAUAUGUGCUCAUCAGAUCCCUCAGCUCCUCUCCAUUCACAAUCACCAGAUUUUUUUUAUCAUUUUAUAAGAGAUGAGUACCAUCUUUACACCUGCAGCUCACCACAUACAAUGAUGCCAUGGCAUUAAAGAACCUCAUUGAGCAUUUCAUUCGUGUGUCUCAAUGCAUUUCAUCCUGCCAUCAACAAGUAUCAGCCAUUAUCCCUGCCAUUAUCUGAACCAAUUCGUCGCAUCCAACAAAAUUUGUCUAUACUGUGGAGCUGGAGGCCAUUUCCUAUCUGACUGUCUCAUGCGACCCCCUCGUCCAGCGGUGAGUGUUAUCCAGUGAGUACCAAUUAUCACUGCCACAUACUACAGUGACCAAUGCUUACUUGUCCUUUACAGUCGAAGCCCGUGUGGAUUCUGGCUCCACAGGCAACUUCCUGAAAAUCCCCUGCCAAAAACCUUGAACAUCCAUUCAGUUCUGGGUAAACCUCUGGGUCAGUGCAUCAUCACUAACAAAAACCCACCCUCACGCUUUGCACUGUAUAUACCCAUGUAGAGGAAAUCUCAGCUGCUGGUUCUGGAGGGCACAACCCUAGACACAAUCCUGGGACACCCAUGGCUUCCAAUUUUCUCUCCCCAAAUAUCUUGGACCACUAGUGAGGUUUUGGCCUGGAGCAAGAACUGCUUCCGCAGUUGUCUUCAGCUUCCCAAGUGGUCUCUUAAAUAUAUGUGGAUGCACUUCUUUACACUGAGUGCCACCAUGGUCAGGAGCCCUCUAAGAGAGAAUAAGACGGACACCGCAUUUGAGGCGGCUGAGGCACUUUUCCGCUAAGUCUUCAGAAACUAUGGGCUAUCUGAAGAUAUUGUUCCUGAUUAAGACCCCCAGUUUAUCUUAAGAUUGUGGAUGUUGUUCUUCAAACAUCUCAGUGAGUUUAACAUUUGGCUAUCAUCUACAGUUGAAUGGGUAAAUGGAACAGAAGAUCCAAGAUGACCACAGCCAUCAGCACCGUGGGAAUGCCCUCAGAUAACCCGCCAACCCCUCACUCCAUUCCAGUGUGUGCUCAGCUAUCAGCUGCUAUGUUUCACUGGUCAGCCUUCAAAUGUAACACAUCGGCGAGGCAAAGAUGACUGCUGUUUGAGAAUUUUGUGUAAUUCUAGGGGGGUGAGUGUAACAGGAUGUGAACAGGACUUUUAUUUUGGUGUAGCAAUGUGAUGUCAUAAGCCUGCGCCGCGCUCCUGCAUCUGUGAUUCUGCUGAAGAAAGUUUUUUGCAUGCAGUGGGUGAUGCUGAAAACAUAAGCAAGCGUACUGCCUGCAGAGCAAUACAGAAACUGGUCACGGCACUGCAAGAAUACAUUGAUGUAUUCAUCAUUUUUCCUGCCCACUUGGACACACUGGCUAUUAAAGAGAGCUUUUACAAGAUAGCUGCAAUUUCUGCAGUCAUAAGCGAGCGUGAUGCCCGCUCCACUUUCAUCAUCGAUAUAGGCCUUUUGCCCUCUGACGAAACAAUAACAUGAAAUCAAUAAGAAGAUCCUGAUCAUGGAAACUCAUAGAAGUGUUAGAGAAACUCCUGCUGAAGCACACUGUUAUAAAGAUGGCGUUUAUUAAAGAGGAGAGCGAAGACCUGAAGAUUGAAGAAGAUUUCAGAGUCAAACAUGAAGAUACUGAGACACAACAAACAGACCUGAUGGCGCUGAAAGAAGAGAGUCACGAACUGAAUGAAAUGGAAGAGAAAGAUCAGUAUGAGAAAUGUCAUGAUUUCAUGGUUGGGGUGAAAUCUUUUAGUUACUCAAAGACUCUUAAAACAGAAACUAGAAACUUUGAAGUCCAGAUGAAAUUUCACACUGGAGAGAGCAAUUUUACCUGCCAGCAGUGUGGGAAGGGUUUCUCACUAAAAGGAAAUCUUAACAUUCACAUGAAAAUCCAUGCUGAGGAGAAGGCUGUCAUAUGCUCUCAGGGUGGAAAGAGAUUUACACAGAAUAAUACCCUUAAUGCCCACAUGAGAGUUCACACCGGAGAGAAACCUUACUCCUGCAAACUGUGUGGAAAGAGUUUCACACGAAAUGAAAAUCUUAAAAUUCACAUGAGAAAUCAUACCGGAGAGAAGCCUUACACCUGCAAACGGUGUGGGAAAAGCUUCACGCGAAAAGAAAAUCUUAAAAUUCACAUGAGAGUUCACACCGGAGAGAAGCCAUACACCUGCAAACAGUGUGGGAAAAGCUUCACGCAAAAAGAAAAUCUUGAAAUUCACAUGAGAGUUCACACCGGAGAGAAGCCUUACAACUGCAAACAGUGUGGGAAAAGCUUCACACGAAAAGAAAAUCUUAAAAUUCACAUGAGAGUUCACUCUGGAGAGAAGCCAUUCAUAUGCUGUCACUGUGGAAACCGUUUUAAUCAGAAAAAGUACCUUAAUGCCCACAUGAGUGUUCACACUGGAGAGAAGCUGUUUGUUUGUGAUCAGUGUGAAAAGAGUUUCAGGUAUAAAGCACAGCUGGAUCUUCACAUGAGGAUUCACACAGGAGAGAACUGUUUUAUAUGUCAGCAGUGUGGAAAGAGUUUCUCACAGAGAGCAAACUUUGAGGAUCACAUGAGAGUUCACACUGGAGAGAGGCCUUACAAGUGUCCUCAGUGUGAAAAGAGCUUCACAAAUAAAGGAAACCUUAAGAUUCACAUGAGAGUUCACACUGGAGAGAGGCCUUACAAGUGUCUUCAGUGUGAAAAGAGUUUCAGAUAUCACACAAACUUGAACCGGCACUUGCAAACUCAUUCUGGAAAGAAAAUCCAAACCUUGUCACACUGAUGAAAAUGGCAAUUUCAACAAUAAUCCGCACAUUCAUUCUGAAGAAAGACAAUUCAGUUGUGAUCAGUCUAAUUAAAACAUCACACUUACAGAUAAAAAUGUAAAAGUUGUGUAAAUGUGAGACCCUGAUUGAGUUCUUUGUUAAACCCUAUUUGGACGGGAUUAGUUAUACAUAGAGUGGUGGGAUAGAGUAAAUAUUACCAGAGCUUCUCAGUGAUUUUAGUUCCAUCUGAAUGUGCCAUCUCACUAAUCAUUGUGGAUGAAUGAAUUAAUGAAUUAUGCAUUUACAGGUGCAUCUCAAUAAAUUAGAAUGUCGUGAAAAAGUUCAUUUUUUCUUGUAAGUUAUUUCAAAAAGUGAAUUGCAUGUAAAGUAAAACAUUUCAAAAGUUUUUUUUUGUUUUAAUUUUGAUGAUUAGAGCUUACAGCUCAUGAAAGUCAAAAAUCAGUAUCUCAAAAUAUUAGAAUAUUUACAUUUUGAGUUUCAAAAAAUGACCAUCCAUACAGUAUAAAUUCUGGGUAUCUCUUGUUCUUUGAAACCACAAUAAUGGAGACGACUGCUGACUGGGCAAUGAUCCAGAAGACGAACAUUGACGCCCUCCACAAAGAGGGUAAGUCACAGAGGGUCAUUACUGAAAGGUGUGGCUGUUUACAGAGUGCUGUAUCAAAGCAUAUUAAAUGCAAAGUUGACUGGAAGGAAUAUUUUGGGUAGGAAAAGGUGCACAAGCAACAGGGAUGACUGCAAGCUUGAGAAUACAGUCAAGCAAAGCCGAUUCAAACACUUGGGAGAGCUUCACAAGGAGAGAACUGAAGCUGGAGUCAGUGCAUCAAGAGUCACCACGCUCAGACGUCUUCAGGAAAAGGGCAACCAAGCCACUUCUGAACCAGAGACAACGUCAGAAGCAUCUUACCUGGGCUGUGGAGAAAAAGAUCUGGACUGUUGCUCAGUGGUCCAAAGUCCUCUCUUCAGAUGAAAGUAAAUUUUGCAUUUCAUUUGGAAAUCAAGGUCCCAGAGUCUGAAGGAAGAGUGGAGAGGCACAAAAUCCAUGUUGCUUGAAGUCCAGUGUGAAGUUUCCACAGUCAGUGAUGAUUUGGGCUGCCAUGUCAUCUGCUGGUGUUGGUCCACUGUGUUUUCUGAUGUCCACAGUCAACGCAGCCAUCUACCAGGAGAUUUUAGAGCACUUCAUGCUUCCUUCUGCUGACAAGCUUUAUGGAGAUGCUGAUUUCAUUUUCCAGCAGGACUUGGCACCUGCCCUCACUGCCAAAGGUACCAAAAACUGGUUCAAUGACCAUGGUGUUGGUGUGCUUGACUGGCCAGCAAACUCGCCUGACCUGAACCCCAUAGAGAAUCUAUGUCAAGAGGAAAAUGAGAGACACCAGACCCAACAAUGCAGAUGAGCUGAAGGCCACAGUCAAAGCAACCUGGGCUUCCAUACCACCUCAGCAGUGCUACAAACUGAUCACCUCCAUGCCACGCCGAAUUGAGGCAGUAAUUAAAGCAAAAGGAGCCCCUACUAAGUAUUGAGUACAUAUACAGUAAAUGAACAUACUUUCCAGAAUGCCAACAAUUCACUAAAAAUGUCUUAUGAAGUAUUCUAAUUUGUUGAGAUAGUGAAUUGGUGGGUUUUUGUUAAAUGUGAGCCAAAAUCAUCACAAUUAAAAGAA